AUUAUUAUUAUUUCUUGGUUUGUUGUUGGUUCUUAAUUUUUAGUUUGGGGAAGUAGAUGUUUUUACAAAUACGUUGAUUUUUUUUUUUUUAUUUCUUGCUUUCCCAUAUUAGGGGUGAUAGCCAAAGGGGUCUGAGAGAAAGGGGAACAAAUAGAACCGGUCAAGAGACCCACCUUGCUCCAGUCCUGACCAUCAGGAAAUAGAUUUAGCAGGGCCCCAAGCUUACACCCCCUAAAAUGUCUUAGAUGUUCUCCUUCGCUUGUAAAAUCACGUCGGUGUUAGCUUGUGCGAGGCAUUGUGGCUUGCUCUUCUGGGCUAGUCCCCCUUCCCACAAGGCUGGACUCGGUUGUUUUGAGGAAAUAGCACCUCAGAGAUGCCACCUUCCCCUGUGAGUGACAUGCCUUUGAAUCUUCACUCGUGUGCAGAUUGGAGGGGAAGAAUGGGGAGGGGGUUAUUGCCAAAUAUGUUAAAUACGCGUUUGGGUGCUUGUAUCUGUAUCUUCCUCAGUUUCCCCAGGAACGAGGUAUCUUUUUCUCAGUCCAAAAUCGAGAGGAGGGAGGUGCAAAAGCCAGGCGUGGGGAAAGAAAAAUGACCAUUGUCCCAUCCUUGGCCCUGAACCCUACCAUCUGAACCCCUCAAACACCCUCAGGAUUAUAACAAGACUCGUACUAAGGAACUCCUCCCAUCCAAGAUCUGGGCAGGGUCGGGGCAGGUUGGGAAUGUGAUGGGUUGGGGCGGGAGGUGCGGGCCUGGGGCAGUUCUCUCCUCAUUGUAAACUUGUAGUUUCACAGGAAAAAAAAAAACACUGCAGUUUUAAAUAAAGAAAUUUCUUUUUUCCCUGGGUUUAGUUGAGAAUUUUUUUUUUUUCAAAAAUAGGAAAAAUUGGGGCUGGAGCAAUAGCAUAGUGGGUAGGGCAUUUGCCUUGCACGCAGCCGACCCGGGUUCAACUCCCAGCAUCCCAUAUGGUCCCCUGAGCACCGCCAGGGCUAAUUCCUGAGUGCAGAGCCAGGAGUAACCCCUGUGCAUUGCCGGGUGUGACCCCAAAAAGCAAAAAAAAAAAAAAAAAAAGGGAAAAAUUCCAGAAAAAAAAUUUUUUUUUCUCAUCAUCCCCCAAGGGUUUUACCUAUGAGCCGCUGCCUUCACCAACCCCUUGUGUCUGUUCCCCCCCACCCCCCCAAACCUCUCCCUCACCAUCCCAGGCCUCAAACCCAGGCCUUUCUCUGCUGGAAACUUGCCCCUGGUUGCUAAGUCAGGAUGGAGCUUCAGGGGUCAUUUGCACUGACUUCGUAGGCUACAGGCUGGACUGCCCCCCCACUCCGCCCCCAGGCAUGACUGGGAGGUAUACUCCCCACCCCCAUGGAUGUGGUGUCCAGAGGCUGGCAGUGCCCAGGGGCGGGGUGAUAAUUGUUUCUCUUAGUACCUGAAGGACUCUUGUCGGAGAGGCCGGAAUUCUUAGCAUUCCCUGUGACGGCCAGGAUGGGAGCUGGGGGCAGGGGCUGGGGUGCGAGCCCCACCUAGGGCGUUGGUCUCAGCAGUUGAGAGGCGCAGACAGAGCCAGGAGCCCGGGAAGGAAGCAGGAUGGCAGCAGGGGCAGCAGCGGCUGGAACCUGGGUGCUGGUUCUUAGUUUGUGGGGGGCAGUAGUCGGUGGUCAAAACAUCACAGCCCGGAUCGGGAAGUCACUGGUGCUGAGAUGCAAGGGGAUCCCCAGAAAACAGCCGCAGCAGCAGCCGGAAUGGAAGCUGAACACAGGUCGAACAGAGGCUUGGACGAUCCUGAAUCCCCACGAGGGCUCCUGGGACAGUGUGGCUCGCAUCCUCCCUAACGGCUCCCUCCUCCUGCCAGCUGUCGGGAUACAAGAUGAGGGGGCCUUCCAGUGCCGGGCAGUGAGCAGAAGCGGAAAGGAGAUCAGGUCCAACUACCAAGUCCGAGUGUAUGAGCCUCCCAGGAAGCCAGAAAUUGUUGAUCCUGCUUCAGAACUCAAGGCUGGUGUCUCCAACAAGGUGGGGACAUGUGUGUCCAAAGGGGGCUACCCUGAAGGGACCCUUAGCUGGCUCCUCGAUGGAAAACCCCUGGUACCUGAUGAAAAAGGUGUGUCUGUGAAGGAGGAGACCAUACAACACCCGGAGACAGGGCUUUUCACCCUGCAGUCUGAGCUGAUGGUGACCCUAGAAGAGGGAGAAGCUUUGCCGGGCUCCACCUUCUCCUGUAGCUUCAAUCCGGGCCUUCCCCGGCGCCGUGUCCUUCACUCGGCCCCCCUCCGGUUCGGGGAGCCUGUGCCCCUAGAGAUUCAUUUGCUAGUGGAGCCCGAAGGUGGGGCAGUAGCCCCUGGUGGGACUGUGACCCUGACCUGUGAAGCCCCUGCCCCUCAAAUCCACUGGAUCAAGGAUGGCAUGCCACUGCCCGUGUCCCCCAACCCCGUGCUGCUUCUCAGUGAGGUAGGGCCUCAGGACCAGGGAACCUACAGCUGUGUGGUCACCCAUCCCAGCCACGGGCCCCAGGAAAGUCGUGCUGUCACCAUCAGCCUCAUCGGUGAGGAGCGGCCGUCUGCAGGCUCUGACGAGGAAGCCGGGCUGGGAACUCUGACCCUGGGCCUCGGGGUUCUCGGAGGCCUGGGGGCCGCUGCCCUGCUCCUUGGGAUCAUCAUGUGGCAAAGGCGGCGCCGGCGCCGAGGAGAAGAGAGGAAAGUGCCAGAAAACCAGGAGGAGGAGGAGGAGCGUGCAGAGCUGAAGCAGUCGGGGGAACCUGAGGCACCUGAGAGCAGCAGUGCAGGAGGGCCUUGAGGGUCCCCCAGCCAGACCCCGCCACCAGCAGCUCCCCUUCUCCUCUCCUGCACUGUCGUGACCCCCCCUCAGCUGACCUUCCCCUGUGUAAUCUCUACCCCACCUCCCGACCGUUCUGCUGCAACCAGAGCCACUCACCGAAGUGAUGAGUAA